AUGGGCCUUGGAGGUGCCCAUAACUUUGCCCAAGUCGCAGGAGUUCGUUUUCUCCUCGGGGCGAUUGAAGCUGGCCUAUUUCCUGGUCUAGUGUUCUAUCUUACCUUCUGGUACAAAGUGUCAGAGCGGUCAUUGAGAGUCGCGUUAAUCUUGGCCUCUGCCACUUUGGCUGGUGCAUUUGGAGGAGCCAUUGCAUACGGAGUCGGCCAUAUGAAUGGUGUAAAAGGCCUUUCUGCCUGGAGGUGGCUCUUCAUCAUUGAAGGUGCACCGUCGUGCGCAUCUGCAAUUUUUGUUUGGUUCCUUCUCCCAGAUUACCCGGAGACUUGCGGUUUCUUAACAUCAGAGGACAAGGCACUAGCAAAGCAGCGACUCGCCGUGGAAGGAGGCCAGGGUACGGCAAAAGCAAUGACCUGGAGUGACGCCAAGGCAGUGUUGACAGAAUGGCGGCUUUAUGCCCACUAUCUGGUAUAUUUUUCUAUCUCUGUGCCAUUCUCUAGUCUGUCACUCUUCACCCCAACCAUCACCGCCGGCUUGGGUUAUGAAAGUCUACAGGCUCAAUUAAUGACGGUUCCUCCAUAUGCCGUUGCCUAUGUGGUAACUCUUGCAGUCUCAUGGUCUGCAGACUACUUCAAUGCUCGCGGUGUGCACUCUGCUAUCUUCUCGUUGAUUGGUGCCAUAGGCUUUUUGGCUUCCGCGGUUCUCCCUGCGGACGCAUAUUUGCACCGCUACGGAUGCUUAAUUAUAGCCACCUCUGGUGCAUUCUCAUGCAUUCCACCACUCUUAGGCUGGCUAUCUUCCAAUCUCCGCUCAACCGCUGGAAUUGGGUUGGCUAUUGCGAUGAACAUUUCCUUUGGGGCGCCUGGGCAAAUCGUCGGUGUCUGGAUCUACAAGUCCGAUCAAGCCAAGAGAGGCUUUCCAACGGGCCAUUGGACUAACGCAGCGCUUCUUCUGCUUGCUUCUGUUGUAUGUGUUGCUUUGAGACUAUACUACGGGUGGUUGAAUCGGCGAUUCCCCCAACGCGAAAUCAGAUAUGUCUACUGA